AUGGCUCGAUGCGGCCACCAUCACACGUCUUAUAACGGCCACCAUCACACGUCUUAUAACGGCCACCAUCACACGUCUUAUCACGGCCACCAUCACACGUCUUAUAUUCACACGUCUUAUAACGGCCACCCUCACACGUCUUAUCACGGCCACCCUCACACGUCUGAUAACGGCCACCAUCACACGUCUUAUAACGGCCACCAUCACAUGUCUUAUCACGGCCACCAUCACACAUCCUUUAUUCGCCACACAUCAUCACACCAGAAGCAAUGCAACUACCAGACCAACCUCACCACCAGCACCAACCGUCAUCACAUCAGAAGCAAUGCCAUCACCAAAUCAUCACCACCAACACCACCCAUCAUCACACCAGAAGCAAUGCAACCACUAGACCAGCUCCAACAACACACCAGCACCGACUCCACGACGCAUGAAGAACAAAAGCGUGCUUGCAUUGAUGAGGAUUCUAGGAGGCGGAAGAGGGCCGGCAACGAAGAAAUCAACCAAGAAGGCCGCUGA